CUGCUAGCGGCGCGAUGAUUGGCUCCCGCUGGGUCCCCGCUCUCUCACGGGGCCGCUGCCGGUCACUGCGAUGAGAAGCGGCGGAGAGUCCGGUAAGUUCUCCGUGCGGUCCGUCCCGUGCCACUGAGCCCCUCCCGGUCCCCGGGCUCUCCCCCGGUCCCCGCUAUAUGGAGGGAGCUGAGGAUGGUCUGUACAAGGAAAACCAAACCGCUCGUGUCCACCUGCGUGAUCCUGAGCGGGAUGAGUAACAUCCUCUGCCUGCUCUACGUGGGCUGGGUCACCAACUAUAUGGCCGGGCGCUAUGUGCGGGCACCGGAGCCCCCCGACACCGGCGGCGGGGGCAGCAGCAGUAACAGCAGGCGGCUGGAGGCUGAGGACAAGGGGGACACCCUGCGGAUCAUCCAGAGGCUGGAGCGGCUGGAAAGCGUCAUCAACCGGCACAUACAGGAGGCCCCGCAGAAGAUGGAAGACGCCGUUGUCGAACCCUUCACAGACUCCUCACUCUUUGCACACUGGGGUCAGGACCUCAGCCCUGAGAACAGAAGGAUUGCAUUAAAACAGUUCCAGUACUAUGGGUACAACGCUUACCUGAGUGACCGCUUGCCUCUGGACAGGCCUCUUCCAGACCUGCGGCCUACAGGAUGUAAAAACCUUUCCAACCCGGAACAUCUCCCCCAGGUCAGCAUCGUCUUCAUAUUUGUGAAUGAGGCUCUAUCCGUGAUUCUCAGAUCAAUCCAUUCUGCCAUUGACAGGACACCGGAGGAGCUUCUCAAGGAGAUCAUUUUGGUGGAUGACAACAGUAAUAACGAGGAACUGAAGGAGAAGCUGACGCUGUACGUGGACGAGGUUAAUAAACGCAAACCCCAGUUCAUAAAGGUGGUCCGGCACAGCAAACAAGAGGGGCUCAUUCGCUCCAGAGUCAGUGGCUGGAGAGCGGCCAGCGCACCGGUGGUGGCUCUUUUCGAUGCUCAUGUUGAGUUUAAUGUGGGGUGGGCGGAACCGGUGCUGAGCCGGAUCCAGCAGAAUCGGAAAGUCAUCAUAUCUCCGUCCUUUGACAACAUCAAGUACGAUACCUUUGAGAUUGAAGAGUACCCUCUGUCCGCUCAGGGGUUUGAUUGGGAAUUGUGGUGUCGAUAUCUGAACCCUCCAAAGUCCUGGUGGAAGAUGGAAAAUGCCACCGCGCCCAUCAGAAGCCCCGCACUGAUUGGCUGUUUCAUCGUAGACAGACUGUACUUUGAAGAGAUCGGCCUGCUGGAUGAAGGCAUGGAGGUUUACGGCGGUGAGAACGUGGAGCUUGGAGUUCGGGUAUGGCAGUGUGGGGGCAGCGUGGAGGUUCUGCCCUGCUCCAGAGUCGCUCACAUAGAGAGAGCCCACAAGCCGUACACAGAAGAUCUGACAGCCCAUGUCCGGAGGAAUGCACUGAGGAUGGCAGAAGUCUGGAUGGACGAGUUUAAGAGUCACGUCUACAUGGCCUGGAACAUACCACAAGAGGACCCGGGGAUUGACAUAGGUGACAUAUCAGAGAGGAAAGCUCUGCGGAAGAGGCUGCAGUGUAAGACCUUCCGGUGGUAUCUUGUUACAGUGUAUCCGGAAAUGAGAACCUACACUGACAACAUUGCCUACGGCGUGCUGCAGAACUCCCUGAAAACAGACCUGUGUCUUGACCAGGGGCCGGAUACGGACAACAUUCCCAUCAUGUACAUCUGCCAUGGAAUGACGCCGCAGAACGUUUACUACACAAACACCCAGCUGCUUCACGUGGGCGUCCUGAGCCCGACCAUCGAUGACGACGACAACAGGUGUCUGGUGGACGUGAACAGUCGGCCGAGGCUUAUUGAAUGCAACUACGCCAAAGCAAAGCGGAUGAAGCUGUACUGGCAUUUUCUCCAGGGAGGAUCAAUACAAAACAAGAAAUCCAAGCGCUGUUUGGAGCUUCAGGAAAACAGUGAUAACGAUUUCGGCUAUCAGCUGGUGCUUCAGAAAUGCAGCGGACAGAGAUGGAGUAUAACAAACUAUCAUAAAACCAUCUCAACAUAAUGGCAGAAGAGAAGCUGUGAUACCUCCGCUGUCCAGCGGGGGAGCCGAUUACUUCCUCUCCUCAGCAGAGUCCGGCUUCGCUGCAGUAUUUACUACUUGAUUCUUUUUGCUACUGUGUAGCAACUGCCAGAACUUCGCCUGCUGUAAGUUUUUUUUAUGGGCGCCUAAGUGGACUGGGUCUUGGGAUUUAAAGUUUUUAUUUAGGAAUAUUUUUGCGGUUUUUAGAGACGGUAAAAGGUGGGAUGACGGUGGAAUAUAUGGAAAUAUUUUGCAACUAUAAGUGUAAAUAAGUAUCAAAAUGAAGAUAUUUAUAACGGACAAUAAAUUUUAUGGAUAUAAA